GGCACUAGGAGGUACUAUGUCUGAGCAGGAUGAUAUGCUUCCGAAGCCCUCAUCACCCGCGCUAAAGUUCGAUUUGCUGGCGCGAUGCUCGACCACGAAAGCCCGCGCGGCAACACUGCAUCUCCCUCAUGGCUCCGUCCAACUGCCCUUGUUCAUGCCAGUUGCCACUCAGGCCUCGCUCAAAGGCCUCACGCCCAAGCAACUGGAAGAGACGGGCUGCCGCCUCUGUCUGAACAAUACCUACCAUUUAGGCCUCAAGCCUGGUCAGCAGACACUCGAUACCAUCGGCGGAGCACAUAAGCUACAGUCAUGGCCGCACAAUAUUCUGACAGAUAGUGGCGGCUUUCAAAUGGUCUCCCUCCUCCAGCUGGCCAAAGUCACUGAAGAAGGCGUACGCUUUCUGAGCCCGCACGACGGCACACCAAUGCUUCUCACGCCCGAGCAUUCCAUAUCGCUCCAGAAUUCGAUCGGUUCCGAUAUCAUGAUGCAGCUAGACGAUGUCAUCGCCACCACCUCGCCCGACCACGCUCGUAUCAAGGAGGCGAUGCAUCGCUCCGUCCGCUGGCUCGAUCGUUGCAUUGCUGCGCACAAACGGCCUGAAUCGCAGAAUCUUUUCUGUAUCAUCCAAGGAGGUCUCGACUUGGAACUCCGCAAAGAAUGCUGCAGAGAGAUGGUGGCCCGCAACACGCCUGGUGUGGCGAUUGGAGGUCUCAGCGGCGGCGAAGCGAAGUCGGAGUUCUGCAAAGUCGUAGACACAUGCACUGACAUGUUGCCUAUUCACAAACCACGCUAUGUCAUGGGAGUGGGAUAUCCCGAGGACAUCCUCGUCUCUGUCGCACUCGGUGCUGACAUGUUCGACUGUGUCUGGCCCACGCGCACCGCUCGUUUCGGCAACGCGAUUACGAAUCAGGGUGUCUUCAACUUGCGACACAACUCGUACGCAAACGACUUCGGUCCCAUCGCGGACGGCUGCCAGUGCAUCUGCUGCCGACAGCCUGUGGAUGGUGGUCUGGGUAUCACCCGGGCGUACAUUUAUCAUACUGCUGCCAAGGAGACUGCGGGCUCGCAUCUACUGAGUAUGCACAAUGUGCAUUAUAUGCUCGACCUGGUACGGCGCAUGCGGGCUGCCAUUGUCGAAGACCGAUAUCCCGACUUCCUCAAGGAGUACUUUGGCACGCUCUAUUCUGAUGACAAGGAAAAGUUUCCGGCUUGGGUGGUGGAGGCUCUCCAAGGUGUUGGUGUGGACUUGCUAGAGGACUGAAGUCAAAGAGGUACUCUGCCAAGAUACAAUGCAUUUUCGGACUUUUUGAGCAUCAACUCUAGCCAUCCCCCGCGACUUAGUGCAAUCGCGCAGAGAGUCGUCGAUCAGCUGGCGAAUGUACGCUCCAUUUCCAAUGUCAGCACUGUGCUACUGGAAGCGCCUGUGAAUACGGCGAGGAUCGGGCUUGACUCAUAGGUGAAUGUUGCCCGAGCGUGGACGAAGGUCACACUUGAACGAUGAUCCGGGGGCGACUCUUUAUACUAUGAAGCAUAUAAAGCUUGGGGGAAGGGCACUGUACAAUGGUGCUAACCGCCAAUCGACUGACUACAUUAGUUUUCAUU